AUGGCGCAAAAACCCACCUAUACCGAUCAACAACUGGAGUUAUACUUGAACCGUAUCGGGUACUCCAACUCCGCUCAAUCCGAGAACAAUCUUCAGCAUCUCCGCCAGCAUAUCGAGAAUGACGCACUUUCUGCGCUGUCUGAACUCCAAAGGCGACAUCUCACUGCCAUUCCAUGGGGCAACUCGGCGCUGCAUUACUCGCAACAUCAUACUAUCUCUCUGAACCCGCAGAAUCUCUUUGAGAAGAUGGUGGAGCGGCGGCUAGAUGGGUACUGCAUGGAGAACACGGGGAUCUUCUUUAUCGUCUUGCGGUCCCUGGGGUACCUAGUUUACGCCACUGGAGGUCGAGUCAGUCAUGCUGCGUCGAAGGGAGUGGAUAAUGGAUUAUAUUUGUCCUUUGGACAUAUGAUUCUGAUUGUGGUAAUUGACGGAAUGAAGUACAUGGUUGAUGUCGGCUUUGGAAACAAUUGUGCCACUGCUCCAUUAUUACUUCAAGAGGGUGCUACUGCUACGGCUAUCGCGCCAUCCGAGAUGCGGAUUGUCAGAGAAAGCAUUGCCGAGUUCACAGACCCAAAUCAAAAGAUCUGGAUCUACCAAACAAGAUACAACCCCGAGAGCAAGUGGCUGGAUCAGAUCUGCUUUUCCGACGUGGAGUUCCUACCCCAGGAUUUCGGUGUCAUGAACUUCUCCGUCAGCCAGAGCCGAACCAGCUGGUUUACCCAGGUGUUUGUCUGCAUCCGGAUGAUUUUGAACCAAAGUGGCACAGAAAUCAUUGGCCAGUGCGUUAUGUCGGGUAAAGAAGUCAAGGAGAGAUUGCGCGGGCAAACGGAGAUCUUGCAAGUGCUGGAGACCGAAGAGGACCGCGUCAAGGCACUGGCCAAGUAUUUCGAUAUGCACCUUCGUGAGUCUGAGAUCCAAGGAAUUCGGGGAAUGACCUCGGAGAUCAAGUAG